UAAAAAUAUAGAAAAAUACAAUGUGAUUUAACCUAAUCAGCUAGGCGUUUAGGUUUUUAGGGGUUUUGUUCUUCGCCGCCUAACGCUGCCGCCUUCGCCGACGAACGCCGCCUCCGCCGCCUCACGCCGACGAACGCCGCUGGCUCAUCGUUCAUUUUCACUUUACUGUGAGAGAUGUUGAAGCGAAACACAAGGCUGAGGAUGGAGUACCUCUACAGAAAGAGCUUGGAAGGGAAGGAACGCGAGUACUACGAGAAGAAGCGGAAGAUCCGAGAAGCCCUCGAAGAGGGGAAGCCUAUUCCUACCGAGCUGAGGAAUGAAGAGGCUGCGCUCCGCCAAGAGAUCGACCUCGAGGAUGAAUACACUGCAGUUCAAAAAACACAUAUAGACGAUGAGUAUGCCACCGCAUCAGAAAAGGAUCCAAAGAUUUUGUUGACUACAUCUCGUGAGCCAAGCCAGCGUCUUGGUCAGUUUGUUAAAGAAUUAAAAUUGGUGUUUCCCAACGCAGCGAGAAUGAACCGUGGUAGUCAGGUGAUCUCAGAAAUUAUUGAGUUUUGCCGAGCGCAUGAAUAUACAGAUGUUAUUUUUGUGCAUGAACAUCGUGGUGAGCCUGAUAAUUUGGUCAUUUGCCACUUGCCCUUUGGUCCAACUGCAUUCUUUGAGUUGCUGAAUGUGGUGACCAGGCAUGAUAUCAAAGACAAAAAAGCAAUGGGGACAAUGUCUGAGGCUUAUCCUCACCUGAUUCUGGACAAUUUUUCAAGCAAACUUGGUCAAAGGACUGCAAACAUCCUUAAACAUCUCUUUCCUGUGCCUAAACCUGAAACUAAACGAAUAAUCACAUUUGCCAACAAGUCUGAUUACAUCUCGUUCAGGCAUCAUGUGUAUGAGAAACACGGUGGCCCUAAAUCGGUCGAACUAAAGGAGGUGGGCCCUCGAUUUGAAUUACGGCUUUAUCAGAUAAUUCUUGGGACGGUCGAUCAACAAAAUGAAGCUCAGAAAGAAUGGGUCCUCAGGCCGUAUAUGAACACUGCUAAGAAGCAAAAUGUUCUUGGAGCUUAAGUCAUAACACUGAAAUCUACGUAUCCUGUUUCAUUUCAUCUUCUUCAAACAACACCAGAGCUUCAUUAACUGUUAUAACCUGAAUCCAUCAGUAUAGUAUCUCAGUGUAUUAUCAGUUCCAUUUUACUUUUCUAAUUUUAUAUUUUUAGUAUGCAGGCCGUGGAUGACACGUUACAUUUGGAAAAGAAAUGACGAACUAAAAUCUACGAUCAUUUUUUUUAAUAAUCCGGUUCUUGUGAUCCUGAUUAAUUUUGAAGGAGAUCAAUUUAGUUUUAUUAAA